AUGGCAGCAUCACGUGCAUGGGACGGCGCGCUGGGUGUGGUCUUGCGCUACGCUCCUCCUCCUCCUCCUCCUCCUCCCGCUUCUCCUCCCAUUUGCGCUACUUUGGGUCGACGAAAAGCAGUGCGCCGCACCGCAUCUUCAUCCUGCACCAUUCCUACUCCUACUCCUACUCCUACUCGCUCCAUCCGUCGUAGUGCGUGCUGCGCAUCGAGAAGCGUGGCCUUCGAGGGUCAAAGAUGUCUGCACUGGUGCGCUGUUCGUAGAGCUGACGAUCAAGGUGGCCAGAGGUCGGCGGGCAGGCAUGUGAAUGGAGCAGAUGAGCGUCAUGAAGCGGGGCAAGAGCAAGCGCAGGCACAGACGCGUCAAGUGGACGAUGAUGCGCCAUUCGUCGACGAUGAUGGCGAAGCGGGAGCGUACACUGCUGCUCAGCUCUUUCCUCGCACGUCGCACCAGGAACCGGCAGAAUUGCGUCAGCAUGGCUGGAAUGAGGGGUUGCGCGAUGGCGAUGGCGAUGGCGAUGGCGAUGCUCCUGCAGAGGAGCAGCGUUUCAGCGGUAGCGGUGAUCAUCUGCCUCUGAUCAAUCGAUUUGCAGACGAAGGCGAGGAUUUUGGCAAGGAGAGGCAAAGACGCGCAGAGGCGCAGGGCAAAAGUGCACCCUUUUCUCCUUCUUCCUCUUCUGCUCGUCGCAGUCAGUCUCAGGCAGCGCACAGAACGCCCUUGGCAGAUUGGGAGAGGCAGAGGUUCGCAGAACUGCUCAGACCGCUGCACAGUCGACUUUCCAAUCCCAACGAAUCCGCAUUCGGCUCUUCCGUGACGCACGGCUGGGAAAGGUUUGCGCGCAGAAAUCGCUUGGGCGGAUACAGUGGCAGCGGCGGCGGUGGUGGUGGGGGGAGGAGAUUUGUGGAUGAGGAGGAUGGAGCAGGGACGAGCGUGGAGAUGGAUUGGACGGGAAGAGGUUUGGGUGGAAGGGGAAGGAGAAGAGUACCGAUCAGAACCAUUGGGGCUCAGAUGGAAGGUACGACGCUUGAAGGUGUGGACCCGAUUCAGCUUAGACAGGGAGUGGACGAUGCGCAAGCUGCCAUCGACGCUUGUUGCAGCGCAGUGGAGGUCUGGCAGUGGGCACAAACCAACGUGUUCGGCGUGCCCAAUCCUGCCCAUCCUCCAUCCGGCGCACAGCAAGCAUCCUCAUCCUCAUCCUCAUCCGACACGUCAUCGGCUUUGACUCGCGCCAAAGAUGCAGAGGCGGCGGAGAAUGCGCAAGAGACGACACGUCCAGACGAUCCCUUUGCCACCACGCCGUCCGUGUCCAAUUCGCCCGCAUCUUUGCCCACGCCACUCUACGGUCUCUCCACACCCUUUUACGGACCCGUGUUGGUUCGUCUAGUGACGACGCUGCGAGAACGUUAUCACGCGCCCGGAAUCGCCUUGGCCGUACUGAGCGCCAUGAGGUUAUCAGGACCAGCUUCGAUCGCGUUGGGAAGCACGCCAGAGCUGUACGCCGAAGCGCUGAGCACGCGUUGGGAUGUUCUGGGCGAUCUAGCAGGAGCUCACGACGUCGUUCUCAGCGCUCGUAAUGUGGGUGUACUUUCGCGCUCUGCUGCUGCUGCUGCCGCCGCCGCCGAUCCUUCGCAACAACAGUAUAGGAGGCCGUCUUCACCACCGCUGGUGGUGGGACAAGAUCAGGAAAAGAGGUUGAGAGGCAUGAUCGAGAGGAUCACGGACGAAGCUAGAAAGUUGGCCAUUCGAUACGUCCCUGCGCCCGCGAACGGCGUCGGCGUCGGCGUCGGCGUCGGGGCUUACAGCAAGUCGAGCUCGCGCUAUGAAAAGUCUUCCGCUCCCAUCGAACCUAGGGACAAAGCUGGGGUGGAAGAGUUGAGGAUGUGCGAGGCUAUGGAUAGGCUGGCGGGUAGACAACAGAUCAAGCGCUUCUCUCAGGCUGCAGAGGCAUCUGCGCACAGAAGGCAAGGCGGCCAAUUGAAAGGCAGAAGCGCUACAAGAUCUAGAAUGCCAUUUCCCAACGCCAGCAAGUACACAUCGUCGUCGGAGCUGUACUGA